CGGCGCGCCGCGAGAGGAGGCGGCGGCGGCGGCGGCGGCGAGAGGAGGCGGAGGAGCAGCAGGCGCCGCCAUGGCCGCGGCGCUCACCGACAUGGCCGACCUGGAGGAGCUCUCCCGCCUCAGCCCGCUGCCCCCCGGCAGCCCCGGGCCCGCGGCGCGGGGCCGGGCCGAGCCGCCCGAGGAGGAGGAGGACGACGACGACGACGAGGCGGAGGCGGAGGCGGUGGCCGCGCUGCUGCUGAACGGCGGAGCGGGCGGCGGCGGCGCGGGGGGCGGCGAGGCGGAGACCAUGUCGGAGCCGAGCCCCGAGAGCGCCAGCCAGGCGGGCGGGGACGAGGACGACGAGGAGGAGGACGACGAGGACGGGGGCAGCAGCAGCGGCGGCGCCGAGGAGGAGAGCAGCGCCGAGAGCCUGGUGGGCAGCAGCAGCGGCGGCUGCAGCGGCGACGAGACGCGCUCGCUGAGCCCCGGCGCGGCGAGCAGCAGCAGCGGCGAUGGGGACGGGAAGGAGGGCCUGGAGGAGCCCAAGGGACCGCGGGGCGGCCCGGGCGGCCCGGGCAGUGGCGGCGGGAGUAGCAGCAGUAGCGUGGUGUCGAGCGGCGGCGACGAGGGCUAUGGCACCGGGGGAGGCGGGAGCAGCGCGACCUCCGGGGGCCGGCGGGGCAGCCUGGAGAUGUCGUCCGACGGGGAACCGCUGAGCCGCAUGGACUCGGAGGACAGCAUAAGCAGUACUCUAAUGGACGUAGACAGCACAAUUUCCAGUGGGCGUUCAACUCCAGCAAUGAUGAAUGGACAAGGGAGCACUACUUCUUCAAGCAAACACAUUGCCUAUAAUUGUUGUUGGGACCAGUGCCAGGCGUGCUUCAACUCUAGCCCAGACCUGGCAGACCACAUCCGUUCCAUACACGUAGAUGGUCAGCGUGGAGGGGUGUUUGUUUGCUUGUGGAAAGGUUGUAAGGUGUAUAACACACCGUCAACCAGUCAGAGUUGGUUGCAGCGGCACAUGCUGACACACAGUGGAGACAAACCUUUCAAGUGUGUAGUUGGUGGCUGCAAUGCCAGCUUUGCUUCUCAGGGAGGGCUAGCUCGCCAUGUGCCCACACACUUCAGUCAGCAGAACUCCUCAAAAGUUUCUAGCCAGCCAAAGGCCAAAGAAGAAUCUCCUUCUAAAGCUGGAAUGAACAAGAGGAGGAAACUAAAGAACAAAAGACGGCGCUCAUUACGUGGAGAUAUAGCAAAUAAAAAUAGAAUGUUCAUGAAAUCACAUGCACGACCACAUGAUUUCUUCGAUGCACAAACACUGGAUGCCAUAAGACACCGAGCCAUAUGCUUUAACCUCUCGGCUCAUAUAGAAAGUUUAGGGAAGGGACACAGUGUUGUUUUUCAUAGUACUGUAAUAGCUAAGAGAAAAGAAGAAUCUGGAAAGAUAAAGCUUUUGCUUCAUUGGAUGCCUGAAGACAUUCUGCCAGAUGUGUGGGUGAAUGAAAGUGAACGACACCAGUUAAAAACUAAAGUAGUUCAUUUAUCAAAGCUACCCAAAGACACUGCCUUGCUGUUGGACCCAAACAUUUACAGAACAAUGCCGCAGAAGAGGUUGAAGAGAACUCUGAUAAGAAAAAUGUUCAAUUUGUAUUUAAGCAAACAGUGAACGACAUUUGCAAUCAACUAAAAAUUCGUCUAUCGAAUUAGGUCUGAGAAUUACUGUUAAAGAGUGUUGCCGUAUGUCUGGCUCCCUUUUCAGGACUAGGGUCUUUUAUGGGGUACAGUGUGUUAUAUUUACCUACAUAACUACUCUUGUCAAUGGUUUUUGAAAAAAACCUCAAAUUCAGCUUAUUUGAAUAAUCUUCAUAUUUUCAUUUAACCUGUGACUCUAAUUUUUUUCCUGAGGAAAGUGUUGGUUUUUGAGUUUUUUUUUAAUGUAAAAAAAAAAAUGUAUUUUUUUUAAAGUAUCUUCAAACCGAAUCUUUUAUGCACCAAAGUUGGUUUUGAAAAGGAAAAUAAAAUCACUUUCUUGCUUGGCACGCAAGAAGCCAUAUGGAAUUUUUUAACUUUACAGAAAUGGAAAUAUGUGUAACUUGUCAGUACUGUAUCAAACAAAUGUCGCAUAGAGAUAAUAGAGUGUUGCUUGUAAAUAAUUCAGCAGAUUUGUAAUAUAUUUUUCUAUUAUGAAAUGUACUGUAGAUGUUUUCUAGAGGCAUGAAAGUCAAUGUAUAUAUUAUGGUAGAAAUAAUAUUGAAGGAAAUUGUAACUCACUAGUGCUGCCAGAGGGAUUGCUAUCAAAGCACCUUUAACAAGAGACGUCUUUGCAGACUGAAGGGACUGUGUACUACUGUUAAUGUCUAAGAACAAAGCAUUGGACAUCCUUCCAGAAAGUCUUUGAGGGAGGACCUAGACCCAUAAUGGAAGUUUACGGCACACCCCUCUGACAGUGACUGAGGUAGUUGUUCCUUACUGUUGGGAGCACAUACUGGAAAGCAUGUGCUGUGCAGUCAGACUGCAGAAAGCACUCCUCACUCGGGAGUUCUCACUUCCUACAAUGACAGGAAAACCAGCAGUUUUUACACUCAAUUUUUUAAAGAAAGAUAGACAAAAAUAUAAAACUAAACCUUUGGUUCCAAAAUGGGAAAGGUUCCAUGAUGCAUAGAUCAUUUCUCAUUUGCUUAAAAAAGAAAAACUACACACAGAGAAGGUACUGAAAGUAUUGGAGGUUGAACAGGGCAGUGGGUAAAGAGGUAGACAUGGAGUGAGUCAUGGACGCUGAGGGACGAGGGAAAGCACUGCCAAUGAGGACACUCUGGAAUGGCCGUCUAAGGUGCUCUGUAGCAAACGGAAUCUAUUUUCAAAAGAAGAAAAGCGGUGUGUUCUUAAUCUUUUUUUUCCUUUGCUUAAGCACUUCAUCAUUUGUUUUAUUCUAUAUCUGCGAAGUACUCUGCAAUCUCCUUUGUUCCUUUUAAAUUUUGGUUUGUUAUAACAUUGCCAAAUAGAAGUGUUUCAGACAUAGAGUUUGUACCUGUAUUUUUAUUUUACUGUCUCAUGUUCUUGUAAGUCAUUCUUAAUUGACCGAUGAUUGUAGACUUUGCUUGAAUAUUUUUUCUAAUAAAACAAAACAAAUCACAUUUAGCUUCAAAUUGUAACAAUUCAAUUUAAUUUUUAAGAUGACAUCUGGAAAUAAAUACGCAUCCAACAUUUUCUGUAGGUGUACAGAUAACAAAUUGGUCAUUGUCACUGUAUAGAAACCUUUAGAUGUCAAAACCAUCCAUCCACAUUGCUGCUUGUUGAUUAGCCUCGGAGUACUCAGUUGUUCCUGGUCCCUUUACUUCUGGUGUGACUUGGGUUUGACACUGUUACUAGCACACCAAAAAGAAUAUGAAGUAAAGCAAGCUAGUUUUAUAACUUGUAUGUAUACAUAUUUAAACAUUCAAAUCUGAUUGGAUAGUAACUUUGGACUUUUUAGGCUGUAAUGUUCAUUAAUGUUUCUUCUUACUCUGCUGCUCUUCCUGUGCCCACAUAUGACAUAUUUUGUAGUGGGCCUAGGAUUAUGUUUCUUUUUCCAAAUCUAUGUCUAGGCCAGCACUGGACAGCCUGCAGCCCAUAGUCAUUUUCAUAUCUGUUACUUGAUUUUCCCCUGCAGUGGCAUAUUGGAAUUGUCAGACCUUAGGGGUCUGCAAGCCUGAGGUAUUUAGUGUCUGCUUUAUAAAAAGAUGUUUGUUCUUUCCUUGUAUAGCUAAUAAAAAUUUUGGAGUAGUAAACAUAGACCACAUAAUUUGCACUUGAUAUGGUAGUGCACACAGUGCUAAAUUUCCGAGAAGGUCAUUUCCUACACUUUGCAGGAGGCACUCCCACAGGCAUCUGAGGUGUUUGGGUGGAACUUUCAUGUUGGAUUGCUUAUAUUGUUGAGGACCUACCAUUUUACCAAGUGUGUUUUGUCUUACAGGGAUUAAUUGAGAAUCUGUUAAGUCAGAUUCUGUGUUUGAACUACAAGUAACAUUGAUUUUAUCUAAAAGAAUCUUGGAAUAUGAAAUAUUGUAAAAUUUUAAAGUUCUUUAUUUUUCUAGUAAACCUUUUCAUACACUAAUGUGGCUACACAUUAAUUCUGAAUUUCAGAUGAAAGGAAAAUAAAGUGGACAAUAAUUAACUCUCAA